ACGGUGUGUGUGAGGGUGAGUGGUUACAUGGAGGGUGAUAGGAGGAGGGAGUCAGACGGUGGCAGAGUUGUCUUUCCUCCUCUGGGACAGUUGUACGUGUAGACGAAGGAUGCUGAUGGGAGACAGGAUAUUGGGGGCGGGAUCGGAGAUGUGUGUCUGGGAUCGUGAGGUGCGGAUUUCUGAUUAAUGACCGUGACGAGCGUCAGGAGUGUUCUCAGCCAGCAGGCCCCCCUCCCUCCCACCACCAUGGAGGGCCCGGCCGUCGAGUCUGCGGCCGACAUCCUGGCCUGCGUCCGGGAGCAGGAGGUGCAGUUCGAGAGGCUGACGCAGGCACUGGAAAAAGAGAGGAGGGACUCGUCCUUCCACUCCCCGCACAGCCCCGAGCCGAGCUGGAAUCGGCAGAUAAGUAACGGACCUGUUUAUGGCAGUGGGCAGGGCGAUCGCUGGCUGAUAGCUGACAGCCCGCCACAGAACGGACCCAAGGACCUGCCCUUCCCCUACAGCCCACGUGUCAAGAUGCUCCAGGACCCCGGGCCCUACAUCGAGGAGACGGUGACGGUGGAGGAGGAUCCGGACCCUCCGGCCUCCAUCGUCUCGCUGGAGAUGGACGAGGACGGGAACACGCGGCGGACCGAGACCAGGGUGAGUCGGCCCGGUGGAGCCGAACCCGGGGGGGGGUCGCAGUGGCCAGAGACGCCGGUGAGGUGGCCAUCGGAGGGGGUGCCGAGGGAGAUUCCGGAGGAUGUUGAUGUCGAGGGACGGAGCCGCGGGCAGAGGUUGCACAGUCUGGGACGCCGGGGUCAGAACCUCCGGCGUACGUCGUGAAAUGCGUUAACUUUACGGCACCAGUACAGUGAAUACUUGCGUAAAUGCGGAGGAAAAAAACCGAGUUACAUUCAGUAUCGAUAUGUCUAUUAAAUGGUUAAGUUAGAAUAAGUCGUGCAAGAAAAGAAACCCAGAAAUAAAAAUUUAGUGAGGUCGUGUUCUUGGGUUCAAUGUC